UGUCGUGUAACUGGCUUUUUGUCGGUUUCUUACAAGAUUGAUUACUCAAACUUUGAAGCUACUUAACCCAUAGGAGCUGGUAGCAAUACUUAGUCGCAACUCCACUUGAUUCUUCAUCAAAAACAUAUUCUAUAAGGAGAAAAAAUUGAAGUCAUUGCUCCCACAUAUGAGAGGAUAAUCAACAUGAACAUCAUCAACAGCAUCGUGCUAUUGGUAACAAUAUUAACGAGCAACGCCGCCGUGACCGUGAGGUGCAGCCCGCCGGAAGAUCCGAUCGAGUGCAAGGGGGCGGCGAGGAACUCAAACUGCACGAUCACCAACUCGUACGGCGCCUUCCCGGACAGGAGCACCUGCCGCGCGGCCGAGGCCGUGUACCCGACGUCGGAGGCGGAGCUGGUGGCGGCCGUGGCGGCGGCGGCGGCGGCGGGGAGGAAGAUCAAGGUGGCGACGCGGUACUCGCACAGCAUCACGAAGCUGGUGUGCCCCGACGGGGAGGAGGGGGUGCUGAUAAGCACCAAGUACCUGAACCGGACGUUGGAAGUGGAUGCGGCGGGGAUGAGCAUGACGGUGGAGAGCGGGGUGACGCUGAGGCAGCUGAUCGGGGAGGCGGCGCGCGCCGGGAUGGCGGUGCCGUACGCGCCAUACUGGUGGGGGCUGACGGUGGGAGGGAUGAUGGGGACGGGGGCGCACGGCAGCUCACUGUGGGGUUUGGGGAGUCAGGUGCACGACCGGGUCACGCGCCUCACCAUCGUGUCGCCUGCCCGGCCCCACCUGCGCGUGCUGGAAGCGGGGGAUCCCGACCUGGAUGCGGCCAAAGUCUCGCUUGGAGUUCUUGGAGUCAUCUCACAGGUAACAUUAAAACUGGAAGGGUUGUUCAAACGGUCUGUAACAUAUGUAACAAAGAACGAUUCUGAUUUGGGAGAACAAGUUGUAGGGUUCGGACGACAACAUGAGUUUGCAGAUUUUACGUGGUUCCCCAGUCAGAAACGCGUUAUUUAUCGAAUCGACGACAGAGUCUCGACCAAUGCAUCCGGAAAUGGAUUGAAUAAUUUCCCAGGAUUUCGGUCCACUUCCUCGCUCGUUCUUGCAACUCUUAGAACCACAGAGGAGACGCAGGAGUCCCUGGGCGACGCAAACGGAAAAUGCAUAAACGGGAGAACCACGACGGCUUUCCUGAGAGCCACGGCUUUCGGACUGACAAACGACGGCGUCUCCUUCAAGGGCUACCCAGUAGUCGGAUACCAAAACCGCAUCCAAGCUUCGGGUACAUGCCUCGACAGCCCCGACGACGCGAGGAUCACAGCAUGCCCCUGGGAUCCUCGCAUCAAGGGCCUCUUCUUCCACCAGACCACCUUCAGCAUCGCCUUGUCCCGAGCCACAGCCUUCAUCCGCGACGUCCAGAGCCUCGUCGCCCUCGCGCCCCAGGCCCUCUGCGGCCUCGACCUCUACAACGGCAUCCUCAUGCGCUACGUCACCGCCUCCACGGCUUACUUGGGGAAGCAGGGCGACGCCAUUGACUUCGACAUCAGCUACUACAGAAGCCAGGACCCUCUCCGGCCGAGGCUAUACGAGGAUGUCUUGGAGGAGAUCGAGCAGAUGGCAGUGUUCAAGUACGGCGCUCUGCCGCACUGGGGGAAGAAUCGAAACGUGGCGUUCCUCGGGGCCAUCGGAAAGUACAGAGACGGCGCUCGGUUUGUAGAGGUGAAGCGAAGGUAUGAUCCUGAGGGCCUGUUUUCGAGUCGGUGGACUGAUCAGAUGCUGGGGCUGGCGGAUGGGUUGAGUAUUGUGAGAGAAGGAUGUGCGCUUGAAGGGCUGUGCAUUUGCUCUCAAGAUAUUCAUUGCGCGCCCAAAAAGGGGUAUGUGUGUGUGCCGGGAAAACUCUAUGAUAAGGCUCGAGUCUGUGCCAAGCUCAAAACAGGAGUUAUUUUCUAGUGUUGUGUAGUACAUAUCUUUAACUGCUGACAUAUGGUAAUCUUAAAAAAUUAUAUAGUAUAUGAAAAAAAAUACACUUUAACAUUGAGCCAA